GGGCGGCUGGCCGAGCGGAACGUGCCCCCCGGCUUCGGGGAGAGCUGGAGGCGGCAGCUGGCCGGCGAGUUCUCCAAGCCCUACUUCAUGGAGCUGAUGGCCUUCGUAGCCGAAGAGAGGAAGCGCUGCACGGUCUAUCCGCCCCCGGACCAAGUCUUCACCUGGACGCAGAUGUGUGACAUCAGAGACGUAAAGGUUGUCAUUUUGGGGCAAGAUCCAUAUCAUGGACCUAAUCAAGCUCAUGGGCUCUGUUUCAGUGUCCAGAAACCUGUUCCACCACCCCCCAGUUUAGAAAAUAUUUUCAAAGAGCUGUCUACUGAUAUUGAAGACUUCACUCAUCCUGGUCAUGGAGAUCUAACUGGCUGGGCCAAGCAAGGAGUGCUCCUCCUCAAUGCUGUCCUCACAGUGCGAGCUCACCAAGCAACCUCCCACAAGGAGAAAGGCUGGGAACAAUUCACGGAUGUGGUAGUGUCUUGGCUAAACAAGAACCUGCAUGGAGUUGUCUUCAUGUUGUGGGGAGCAUAUGCACAGAAGAAAGGCAGUUCUAUUGACAGGAAACGCCACCAUGUUCUGCAGACAGUUCACCCUUCACCUCUGUCUGUGCACAGAGGGUUUUUCGGCUGUCGGCAUUUCUCUAAAACAAAUGAAUUGCUGAAGAAAUCUGGCAAGAAGCCCAUUGACUGGAGAGCACUAUAAGCUGCAAGCAUAAGCUUGAGGGUUUAAUAAUCAGAAAUAGCCCCUGUUUCAAGGGUUGUCUUAUUUCUGAAAAACGUUUGCUGACCUGAGAAUCAUUCUUUGAAUGUUGAUCAAGUCAAUGAACGAAUGACCUAACUUUCAGAGACGUUCUUUUUUUUUUUUUUUUUACUGUUUAUAUGUAUAAAUAUCCCAGAUGUUUUUAAAAGCAAAUUGGAAUGUUAUACGGACUACUUUGUUACUACUUCUUGAACAGAUCUCAGCACAGUGUGAAGGAAAGAGAAAAACAUUCAUAUUAAUUUGUGCUUAUUGUUGUGAUGGGAAUAUAUUUGAGGGCUCUUACGAAUGUUUGUGAAUUCUCAUAGGUUAAGCUAUUCAAUUUCUGUAAAUACCCUAAUUUGUCUCCUCUCGCUCUUUUGCUUCACGAUGUGCAAAUCUAGAUUUUGUAUUUGGGAGGGGAGGGGACUGGAGGCCCUCUGAUUUAUACAGGAGGGAAAGCUGACUUUUUGGUUUUGGGGUGUGUGGUGGUAUGUGGGUUGUUUUUUUUUUGGCGCUACAGAUACAAGAUUUGAUUAGAAAUAUACUGGCCUCUGUGGCUUUAGAGACUCUAGAGCGUGAGGAAGGUUAGCUGAGUGCAUCUUUGCACACUCUCAGCAGGUCAGGGUUGAUCCACCCCCCCCCAGCAGCUGAGGGGGAAAUCGUGACCAAUGCUUUGGUUGUAUUCUGAGCUUUUUGUUCCCAAAGGAAACAUGACACUGAGGGGAAACCCAGCAAGCAGCUCAGUACUUUUAUGUUAAUCACCUGGAUGACAGGUGAGUUGUGAUGACUGCUAACUCCGAGGUGAUCCUAUGCAUAGUGCUAGUGAAUCUGGAUCACUGGGAAUUCUGCAGAACCAGAACAUAUAAGACAUGAAACUGGUUUCGCACAAAUAAGCUCUUCUGUGCUGGUGGUGGGUUUUCCUGCAACUCUUGGUCUGUUUGGUACCUGCUGAUUUCAAAGGAGAAGUUCUGUUCAAGAUCUGCUAAUUGAUGGGUUGAAGAUUUCAGUUUAUUUUAAGAUCUAGUGAGUUGCAGUAUGGAAGUGAAGAUGCAAUAUAUCAGUGAAAAAAAAUCUGCUUAAAUACAGAGAUGGCUUUGUGCUUUCCUUUCAAAGGAGCAAAAUGAAGUUUUUAGCCUCUGAAAAUAACUAUUGCUACUUCUAGGAUGAAAAUAAGGUCUGACUUCUAGCUUUGGAUUUCCAGUCCACCUUUGAAUUGAUAAUUUCUCUUAAUGAAAGUGAAGUGGCUUGUUCCUUCUGAAGUUACUUAACUUUUUACGUUAGAUUCAUACAUCUGAAUACCCAUGUAAACCAUGUUUUGUAUUUGUUCCAGUAGGUAACACUAGUACAAGUGCAGUUCUACACUUUCUUUGAAUGUGUUGUUCCCCCCCGCCGCCA